GUCGACUCCUGGGGUGGUAUUAAGCGUGCUUUACAUACUUUCAACAGCUAGGGUAUAGGGAGGAGGGGGGGGGAGAAGGAGGAGAGGAGGGCGGAGGAGGGCGGAGGAGUGAGGAGGAACGGGCCUGGAUGGGCCUCCGACGACCUGUGGGUCGAUGCGCUGCAGGCUGCACGCUCGGCUGCCGGACGUGCCAGGGCCCGCGGCGCCACGGGCUGCGCCCUCGGCGACCGACAGCAGACAUGCCUGCUGACGGCUGCGCCCUGUCAGCCAGGCAGUCUGUCAAGCAGGCAGCCAGUCGGUUCGUCGGUCCAGCCAGCAGGUGGGUCCCCGAAAGGGCAGCUUCGGGCGACGCCUGCCCGAAACCGAAUCUGACUUUCAGCGCUCGCCUGUCUGGUGGUCGUCAAAGCGGCCAUGACGGCCCAGGACGCUUCGCACAUCGUCCCACGAUGGCUUAACAGGCGCCGAAGAGGACGCCAAGAGAGCUCCAGGACGGCCCAGGAGGACCACACGAGGCGAGGGGGGGUAGAAUUGCUUGUUCGAGAGAAGCAAUAAUUGCCGACGUCGCCGCGGAUCAGCGGCAACGGUGGCAACCGAAAUUGCGGACGACGGGAGGGCAAGAAUCGCAGGGCUGGCGGGAGCUCCACUCGCACAGGGAGCGCGCUGGUGGAUCUCAGUCACGCUCACAGGGAGCACGUGUGCGGCACUGCGGGCAAGUAGAACGGAGCUCCGGCCGGGACGCGGGGCGCUGAGCGCCCCGCGGUACCUGGCGGCCGGCCAAGGGCUGCUGGGAACUGGAGCCAAACGUGCUCGAAGUCGAGUGGGCGGGCCCAGCCGCUAUCGGAAUCCCGCCGCAGCCCUGGCGGUCGGAACACUCAUCACAGCACAUCCCUCACGAGCGGCAGCUUCCGGGAGAAGUACCCCAGGGACCAUGCGAUCAGCGUGACCAGCACGAUCGUGCACAGCCAGCCACCGACGAUGACCAACUGUGGAAGGUCGGUGGAGGAGAGAAACCAAGCAGGGUCCUCGAACUCGACUGGAUAACCCGCCGCCCUCAGGAUCGGCGGCAGCGUCAGCAUGACGCCUCGAAUAACAACCACCUGGAGGACGUAGACAGCGAACUGGCUCUGGCCAGCCAGACUCGACCAGCGGCUUGCAGUGAACCGCGAAGAAGUAAAGCAACCACCCCUGGACGGCUCCGGGCAGGACGCAGGCAAGCAGGACCUGGCCGGUGGAGGGCAUGAGUACGGACGCCUGCGGGGACGGGAGGAUGGCGCACGGGAUGCUGAGGAUGAUGAGAGAGCUCUGAGGAGCCAUUGCACACCAUCGCUGAACCACACGUGCGACCGCAAGUCGUCCCCGCCGAUCAGCCCAUCGCUCUCCUGAAGGCCAUCGACAUGGGAGAGACGACGAACUAGCUCACAGCCAGAGGCCAACCGAGUCGCCGCAACUUGUCACUGACAAACUCCGCGACGCCCUUGCGCUCCAGGGACGAAGGCGUGAACACGCCUCCCCCAAAGAACAGCAAACACAUGAAGAAAGACUGGUCCGGUGACACGAGCAGAGUGGUCAUAACCCCACCGAACCCAGCGCGCAUGUGCCGUUAUGGCCGAGCCGAAACGCAAAACCAAAAAAACAGCCAAACAAAGAAAAACAAAAAAAAAACGCCGUCCAAAUGGAAGCCGAUGGUGAUGUGGUGAAUCAGCACCAGCUCCGUGCAGAGAGCCUCCACGCCUUCCAAGAAGCAAGCCCUCGCCCUGCCGGUGCCCCCCGCCGCCGCCGGCCCGGGCGCCCGCCGGCACUGCGGCAGCGGUCGCGGGCCGCGCGGUCGUCGGCGGGCGCCCGACGGCACAGGGACACCAGCAUCGGGUGCGCAGUGGUUAUAGACUCGCACGUCGCUGGCGGGAGCGCAGGUCCGAUACUCCUGGGACAGCCAGGUCGGCAGCAGCUCCACCAGGAGGGCGAAGCCGCAAUACAACCACUGCACGGGGGCAACCUGGCUGCCUCCGCGUCCCUCGUCUGGCAGAGCCCACCGAGCCGGGGUCCGAGGCGCUCGCUCUGCCCGCGCCUGAGGGCGACACCGUCGAGCCUGGAGGUGGCCGCAGCUGCGGCGCCACCUGCGCCUCCACGUCGCGGGGGCACCGCGCAAGCGCCGCCAAGAUCGUGGCGAGAGGUGCUUCGAGUUCGCGCGAGGUAGCAGGGUUGCUGCAGAUCGUGGGGCGCUUGAUCCCAAAUGGCU